UGGAUCACUUUUCUAGGAGCUGAUCCCGAUAUACGUGUACAUAUGGCCACGCCCUUGCAUAUGGCUGCAAAGCUUGAUGAUUAUCGCGUAGCUUCGCGCCUCCUAGAACAUGGAGCUCACCCGGCUCCUCUAGAUGAGUACAAUCGAACACCAAUAGAUUAUCUUCGUUCUGACAGCUCGCUAAAGCCUUUGAUUGAGACAUUUACAGGUUCUGUUCCCUCUCUCCAAUUUAUUACUAGGCUUGCAAUCAAGCGUUUAAUUCCCUCUUGUGAUCCUAAAUAUGUAAAAAAAUUAAAGCUUCCUUCUUUUCUUUCACACUAUGUUUCUUUCAGUUUUUACUCCUAG